AUGGGCAUGGAAUUGCACGAACCGGAGUCUGCCUGCUCUUCUCAUGCAGAGGGACUGGAUAUCUUCAGAGAGUGCGGCACGGAGAUAGCUGUUCAACUUUCCGAAGCUAGUGAUUCUGCAUCCUCGUCGGAAUGUUCCAAAGCAUCUCAACAAGAACGUCAAGAGGAAGGAGUCAACUCAGCAAAUCUGCCGACCGCAAUGUUGAUUGCUCGUUACAUCACCAACAUGAAACUUGCAUCGCCGGAGGUCCUACGUGCCACCUCCCCUGGCUUUGCCUUGCGUGGUUUCGGUUGGGCCCUCCGAAGGCCACAGACGAAGGAUCUCUUUAGUCGCAGCUGGCCAGUGCAGUACAUCCAGACCUUCUGGUCACAUUCGUGGCACGGAAAGACGGCUAUGAAGAUGCUGGUGUUGCUUCUUUCAUACAACGGCCCAGCUGCAGUGAUUCUUGGAACGCUUGCCGCUGCAGUGAUGUUCGCGUUCAACUCCUACGGCUACCUCCCAGCAUACUCGAAAGCAGUUGUGAUGCUGGAAGGGGAUGAGUUGGAUGAGCAUCAGCCCAUGGAGUAUUUGGACAUGGCUCCGUGGGCUCUCGGCGCUGGCUGCAAGGGCAUCAUCAGCAUCGGUGGAUUCAUUCGCUAUUCACGUGAUAUGAUGGUUCUGCGGGAUUCCACGUAUGUGGAAAGGCUUUGGUGCAUCUUCGAGCUUGCGGCCUUCUUGAGGAGCCAGGAUGAUGAUCCGAGUAAGCGGCUGUGUGUGCGGCCAACCUUUUUGGGGCCGUGCGUUUUUGCCUUGUACGUCAGCUGGGCAGAAUUCCGCAUAGAGAACACCAAGUCACAAUGCUGCACGAUGGGGCACCGAAAUCCACAUGACCAGAACCCGCUCACCUGUGAUCGAGAGAAAUUUGAGGAGGAGGUGCGAUCCAGGGUUCGCAUUGCACUAGAGAAAGGGCUUGGGAAUGCGGGGAUGCCCUACCUGUGGGGCAUUGCUGCGGUGUGUCCAUUUAUGUGGACACAAUUGGAUGCCAUUGCUGGAAGACUUCGCGCUGGAAGGGGAGACUGGGUCCUCCCUCUUGCCUUUACUUUGACCAAACGGUUUCGACGCCGUCGGAGUUGGAUCAUUUGUGACUUGGGAGUGACCGUGAUGGUGACCGCUGCAGUGGUACUCUUCAUUGUGCUGCUGUACUUGAUCUAUGCAGGAGUAGCCAUGCUUGUUCCAAUCCGCUUUCUUGGUCCUAGCAUUUAUGCGGUGGUGCUUUCAGUAGUUGGCUUUUUGACCUGGAGGCAUCAGAGGCUUGUCCUAAGCAGAGUUGGCGGUUCGCUCGCUGGGCGAACGAGCAAAUCCAUGAAGGGCACAGUGCUUGUGCUCCUGCAGAUGACGGAGAUGACGCUGGCAAACAAUGACUUUUUGA